AUGACAGCAGAGUCUGAAGAUAUUUCAUCAAAUGAAGAAUCCUCUGCCGAAGGAAACAAGAUGUUAAAGUCUAUGAAGUUUGUGCUCUCAUCUCUUCAGAGGAACAUGAUAAAGGCCAUGAACACGAAGGAAGAAGAAAGAAAGGGUUUUGGCGAGAUUAUCAAGGUCCUUACUGAAUUGGAUAAAACUCUAAAGAAGAAUACGUAUGAGACUCAUGUCUCAAAUAUAAACUUCUCCAAGUUUGAAAAGAAACUCUUCAACCGACAAACUGAAUUGUUGGACAUUGAAAGGCAAUUCAAUGAUGAAGGUCAUAAGGAGACUUUGGAAGAAUUCAGUCUGGUGAAGAAUCAGAUGGUGGAAAUUCAAGGAAAGUUUCAAGGAAAGGAGAACGCAAAGGCUAAUGCUGAAAAAGAUCAUCCUCGAACCACCCAAGGCAAAUCAAGUAAAAGAAGUGACGGUGUGUCAACCGGCACUAGAUCCAGACGAGCCCCAAGCAUCGAUGAUAAUCCUAGGCCAACCAAGAGAGUUGUAGGUCGUAAAGGUGGUGAUCGUGGAGGCAGAAGUAAUGGUGGUGGCCGUAGUAGGCUAUCUGGUGUUGAUCAAGGAGGUCGUGCCAGUGGUGGUGAUCGUGGUGGUAGAUAA